AUGGGCAAAGUCGAGAAAACAAGCUUGCAAGAGACCAUUAAUGGCCUCGUCUUCUACGGUCGGUACGUGGACGAUAUCUUCUGCCUGGCAGAUGGUACCACCGAUACCGAGGAGCUUGUCCAAAAGUUCAACAGUGCGCACCCCUCGCUAAAGUUCACUGCAGAGACCGAGGCAGAUAACGAACUUGCUUUUCUCGAUGUCCUUCUGCACAGGCAAGAGGAUGAAUCUAUCCAGCGCAGGGUGUUCCGAAAGAAAACCUGGACGGGACAAUACGUUGAUUUCCUCAGUUUUGUCCCCCUAAACAUCAAACGGAAUUUAAUCCAGGGAUUAGCGGCUAGAGUGAAACGCCUCUGCUCACCUGAAGCUAUUAAAGAAGAACUCCAACAGCUGCGGAAGACACUUCGAGAGAACGGAUACCCAGCUAGAUUUGUCCUCCGAAAUAUUGGGGAACGCGCCGAAAAGCCCACUGUUGCGACUGUGGAAAAGAAAGAUGUAUUCAUAAGAUUGCCUUUUGCAGGAGACGCAGAAAGCGAACUUGUCAGACAGCGCUUAACUACAGCUAUCACGAGGGCAUUCCCCGCGGCGAAUUUACGCGUAUGCUUCACAAACUCUCCCCUCCUACGUUUGAGGGAUACAGACAGACUACUGCUGGAGGCCACAUCAAUGUGCAUUUAUUCAUUCACUUGCUCUUGUGGAGCAUGAUUCAUCGGCCGCACAAGGGGACGCAUGGUAAAGAGGGUGCGUGAACAUAUGCCCGCCUGGCUAGACAGAGGUGAGAUCCGGUCGAUUUCGAGUUCUAGUCUCGCACAUUUAAUCGAUACGAAUCACCGAGUCGAUGCCAAGGAAGCAUUUCAGAUUGUCUACCGGACAUCAACAUGCUUGUCUAAAGGCCUACGCCAACGGAUACUAGCAACGGCCGAGGCAGUAACUAUACGGCUAGUGAAUCCGGUGUUAUGCUGUCAGAGAACCCGGACACAAGCGCUCUCUCUGCCGUGGCCAACGCCAACCCCAAGCGAUGACGACAUGCCACUUCAAUUCACUAAUUACAGUGAUGGGUACUCCGUGUACUCAAUCCAAGAACAUCACUCAAGGACUCUCUUACCCCCCUCCCCUAGCUCUGACGACUAACACCCGCCGACCUUGUGAUGCGGGCGGCGUGGGGAUGAUGAGUGUUAAUGACUUAAUAGCCCUUGAGCCAUCUAUAAAGACUGUGGAUUUUGUAAAUUUUCAUUCCUUCAUUGUUGGCCUGAUGAAGGAUUACCAAAAACACGUGUUUGCCAACUUGACUUUUCAAAUGAAAGUUAACAGGUUGUCGAAUGAAAUGAACGUCAAAUGUCCUGGGUAAAUUUCCUUUUAGUGGGUAUUAAGUAACAUAGGAUGUCGUUGUAAAUCGUCUGUUUCAAGCAGAAUUUCAACUAGCGGCGCUGUUUACAGCGUUUGUAUCUUGUAACAUACUCUUCCGAUAAGGCAUGACAGAGAAAACUUGUGAAACGACGUCAUUUUGGCCGAAACAUCACGCUGACAUUUUGAAUAGGCUCCAGAUAACGAUAAUUGUUUCCAACAUUCUUCUAUGACAUGAUGUACAAAGCACCUUGUGGGAUCCUCAAAACCGUUAAUUUCGUUUAAAAGGCGUUGAAAAUAACAUUCAGCCCCUAUGACGAAGGGGCUGAGGGCUCCGCGACAGUCAUUGGGUUGCAGCAAUUUUAAAAGAUUGGACCUACUACCAACUCUGCAAGGCUUAAAGUCAACACAGAAGCACAUGCUUUCCAGUUUACUACAGUUUUGUCUUAUUCACUCUUGCUUUUGCUUCUUUGAUUUGUUAUCAACAAGACAACUGAAAAGCCAGCCUCGACUUAUGAAGCACCCCGAAACGGCCGGUCAUAUUUUUUACUUUCAAGACCUCUCAAGUCUGGAUCAUGGGGUAUAAGGCAAGCAUACGCUAUAUGAUUUGCAGAUGUGAUUUCUGUGCAAUGAUUUACCGUACUAACAACACAGGUAUUAACUAAAAGCCCAGACACGCGUGUUUCGCCGAUCUUAUGCCGCUGCCUGACGCAGCUGCGAGGGGUUCGGCUCGUCAGUGGGUCCCCCAGCUUUCCCCGUGUGUUUUCUGGUAUAUGGACUCCAGUUUUAAUUUCCACGGAAAUUAAACAAGGCAAGUUGUGAUUUCGUUCAGCAAACAAAGAGACCAGCCCUUUCUGCAUGCAAACAGCAUAAUAGAUCGAACUAACGUAGGUAAAAAUCCAUCUUAGAUUACUUCAAAUAACGCGCAAUCAUACGUUUCCUUUUGUGUUUUUCUUCUUUUUACAGUGAUAAUGGAUGCAAGAAAUUACAGAUGGAUAAAAGCAUUUUCCACGGUCCUUCACGCUAGAGAUCUAUAUGGUUACCUUUUUCCCGACUCGCCUUUUAGCUAGAACCCACAUUUUGCAUUCAGUUGCAUCCGCAUAAGAACGCAAAACUUCAUGCAGCGAGAGCAGUAACAUGAUAACCAUAGUUUCUGGAUAUGUUUACAAUCGAAGAUGGCAUCCAAGUGCGCUUGAGAUACUGACUUAUACUGAACACAAUCCAAGGCAUGUCCACGAAAAGCAUCCCGGCCCUUGAUUCAAAACCGCUUUAAAUACCAGCUUGGAUCUCAUUCUGGGAGAGAUCACUCGUCAAGGUACGUGGACCAUUUUCGCGCAUUUCCAAUUUUUCAAAGCCAUCAAUCAGCGGGAUUUGAACACACGACUGCAAGCGCAAGGCUAGCGUACAGAUAGCGCUUUAGCCAAUUGGAUUAGUAGGCUCCGAUCGUGAGACGUAGGUUUUAUUCCAGUUUGGUCACGUCACUGAGACACGGGUUCAUUGUUGUGUAGAGGAGCACGCACCAAUCGCGUUACGGAAUUCACUCUUUCCGUUGUGCCUUGGGACUCCCUCACGAGCUUCGCCAACAGCCUCACAGGUGGCAGAUGGCUGGCUGAUGAUGGCGAACAGGCCAGGCAUGGCCAUUCAAGUCUCCCCUGUCUUUAUUGACUGUGCUAUUCUAAGAGUAUAGAAACCUUACGGGAUCUACGCAUUGGUCACCAGCGCCAUAAGUAAGGGCGUUUUGGUGGACCUCAGAUAAUCGGAAACGCAUUUGCCCACAGGGCAACAAUAGCCGCUCGGUGCCGGACAGUGGUACGAAAAACUUGCUGCGCACGCAAGAAACGACAUAGAUUUGGCGACCAAGCCACUUUCUUAGUAAAUACAGGCAUCUAUACUGGACGUGAGAACUGAUACUUUUAGCAGUUAUGCGGCAAUUGCAUUCUUUAAACAUCGAACCAUCCGGGUUCUCUUCGACUGCCACUAUUUGCUGCAGCCACAGCUGAGGACUUUAGGAGUGGGUCUGAAAUAGAAUUCCUAUCUUGCUGGGCGGCUCGCCUUUUUAAAUGUAACUGUGAACUGCUCUACAAGCAUUUUCAGGGCACAUUCUUAAGUCUUCAAUUGGUACUAAGUGCAUAUAUGUGCAGUGCUUUUUAGUAGAGAUAUGAAGUGUUUUUCCGCUCGAAGUGGUAAGAUAAUGAGUAAACAGCUCAGAACAGUAGGGUGGUGAUGUAGGCAGUCAGUAGUGGCUGGAAGUGGAUGUAAACAUAAAUAAGUAAAUACCGUGUGAGAAGAGAUCGCCGAAGGCGCAACUGUGAAGGGUCGAUUUGGCCGAUCCUUGGUCGCGAGCUUCGUUGACCAACUAAAACAGUUAAAAUUUCCCUUCAACAUGUCAAGCAAGCGUAUGACCUCAGUGCUGUGGUUAUGAUUUCACUCGAUCCAAUUCUUUCCGCCCGCCAGCUUGCUACCGACGACAACGAACGUUGUGCCAUAGAACACAUACAGUAAGUGGGAUUACUCACGAAAGGUCAACAGAAAUUCCGAAAUGUGUUACCGUUUUGAAAGGAUUAAUUAAAUAGUGUUGUAAAACCAAUCAUCAUGUAGCAUAGUACUAUAAUAAUUCAGUUAUCUCAGGGUGCCGGCUUUCGAACGAACUCCUUUACGACUGCAUGCAAAAACUAUACCCUUUGAAAAUGGCUACUAAAGUAGCAUGCAUUUUUUCAUUGAUUUUCGAUGCCCUUAAAGGUUCAAUUAUAUUUCAUGGAAAACACGCAGUAAAAUAUUCAUUCUUUUGCUCAUUCAGUAGAAAAUUAGGGCUUCCUUCAACUUUACCCUCGAAGGAAGGGUAAAAUUUGGUCUUAUAAAACUUUUCCAAUUCCCGAAUAAUUUUGAACCCGACCUGCCGUUACACUCGUAUUCAGGGUUCCCAAACUACAAGCCGUACAAUUUCCGCGUAGACAAAACCAUACAUUUCACUACGGUAUUAAGAGAAGACCAUAUGGGGUUCACAAAAUUAAGCAGUCCAUUUGAGCCACAUUGUUGACUUUACAAGCCUUAUUGGUAAAUGCAAAGAGAUGACGUUUUAUGAAGAGCCAUUUCACGGAAUGAAAACAUCUCACAAUUAGAAACUUUUUAAUACCGAAUUCUACCUUUCUUUCGAGUGUAAAAUUAAAGAAAGAUUUAAUUGGCUACUGAAUGAGCAAAGGAAUGAGUAUUUUACUGCGUGUUUUCCAUGAAAUAUAAGUAAAUCUUUAAGGGCAUCGAAAAUCAAUGAAAAAUGCCUGCUACUUAAGUAGUCAUUUUUACAAAUUUUAGUGUUUGCAUGCAGCCGGAAAGAAGUUUGUUCGAAAGCCGACACCCUGAAAUAACUGAAUUAUUAUAGGAUUAUGCUACAUGAUGAUUACUUUUGCAACACUAUUUAUUAAUCUUUUCGAAACGAAAACGCGUCUCGGAAUUUCGGUUGACAUUGCUUGAGUUAGCCCACCUACUGUACCACACAUAAUACAUAAGCAGCUCGCUAGGAUUGCAACAGGCCUAUGAUGCACUGAUGAUCGGUUACGACCAUGGAGCAACUGCCUGCGUCUGACCUGUUGCACUCCUAGGGAGCUGCUUACGUAUUAUAUGUGGCAUGUGUCUUAUGACCCGACGUUCGUUGUCGUCGGUAACAAGCUGGGGGCGGACAGAAUGGGAUCGAGUGAGAUCCUAACCGCAAUGGUGAGGGUUAAACGCUUACUUGUCACGUUUAUAUACCUCAUAUCAAAUGGCCUAUGACUUUCUGACGAUCGGUAACGACCGUAAACCAGCUGUCUGCGUCUGGCUUAUUACACUCUUAGUGAGCUGCUUAUGUAUUGCCCUUCAAGUCGACCUCAUAUCAUUCAAAUUCGUUGGUUAAAGCUGUCUGUUUUAGGCGAUAUUUGGUCUGAAGCUUCCCAGAGGUGAAAUACCGAAUGGUUACAGACAUUUCGAAACCAAAAUUUGGAUAAUUGGAACAAGUACGCCGACCGUUUGAUAAUUUUCUCUCUUAAAUGACCGAGAAUGUAUUGUUUAUGUUGUUUUUUUCAGAGGCUUUUAAGGCAAAGAGAAAAGAAUCUAUGAAGUUUUCGCAAUAGCUCUCAAAUAUUUCCAAAUAAUAUUCCUUGCAAAUGCAUUUUAUCUCUUGUACUGAGGUAAACCUGAAUUUGAUCUCUGUCCUACCUUUGAUUUUCUGGCAGAUUUGGAACGGUGAAAAUCUGUACAACUUUCGCGGUUUGUGGUUAGUUAAUUAAUUUUUUGUUUUAAUUCCAGAAUAAAUUCUUCUACUAUGCCAUGCCGGAAGAUGCUCUGUGUAACAGAACAUUAGACAUUUACGUCGACAGACGAUCAUGCUAUGGAGCGUAGUGAGCGGCGUUAUUAUAUAAUGGAUCUCUCUAUGACAGCUUUUGUGGAUGCGGAAUAACGGUUACAAGCCCUGAAUCGAAAUUUCUACAGUACAUAGCGUCUAUACGCCGCUAGAAUAUUAAGACUUCCGAUUUGUCAAUGCCAACCGAUGUUACUAAGAGUAUACGAGAUUUUUACCACCUCCUCGGGUUGCUGUUUUUUACUGCUAGAUGUUUGGAUCGAGUGGGAAAUUUACAAGCUGCCAAAUAUAAGUUUUUAUUGUCGCACUCCGAAGACUGAAUAGCAAGCACGCUGAUCUUAGGAGUCCUAGAAUGGAAACGUCGAUUACUCGUAUUGCCGUCCGACGCACCCCUGUAAUUCGGCGGACAGUUCGCUAGAGCCGAAUUUGGACAUUUGACAGUUCCAGGCCGUCCCAGUUUACUGGUUUAGUUGAUUUCUUAUUAGCGUAGUUUUCAAUAAGUUACAGUGUUCUUUAUGAAUAUUAAUGCAAAUCCUAUCUUUGGCAUGGAUAGCAAUUACAUUUAAACGAUUGUUGACGAUCACGUUUAUACCCAAACAUAUUUAUUGCAAACAUGCAUAAGGCACUGUUUUUUGCACUCAUCAUAUGGUAAUUUACAUCUUCGAAUUUCUACUCCAGUAAGGGAUGUUUUAGCUUACAAAUCAUGUCAGUGGGACAUUUCUUAAAAACCGUGAACUUUUCAUUCAAGUGACAUCUUAUCUGUUCGUCUAGUAAUGUCCCUUGCGAAGUAUGCAAUCUGGUGCAUACCCACCGUAAACUUCUUGAGCCUUAUAUGCUAUUUUUACAAUGAUAUGCAGAAAUGUAUGUCUUUCUUCAGGUAAAAAGCGCACAACUUGUACUUGUUGGGCCAUAAACGCACGUGCAAUGGCAGAUAGACUUCGAAAUUACUCCGGAAAUGAUAAGUUUUUAGAAUUGAAUGAUAUUAUUGUCUACAAUGACAGCAAGAAACACGCAUGAAGUUCAUACUGCUGAAGCAGCUAUGUUUGCCGAGUGGUAUUUCUGCAAGCGACCGGAAAGAGGCGUAUUCAAAUCCGGCAUUCUGAAAGGGCCAAAUUGUCAUGGAUUAAUACUGCACACGAUAGCCGAUGCUAGAAUAUUACCUAGACGAUCAUUUCUAAUAAAAAAUGCAUUCCAGAAUUUUGGUCAAAUUUCAGUAAAUUCGCGGCUCACUUUAAGGUGACGUCCUGUCCAAAAGAUGCGGGUAUGUCUGACAUUCUUAUUGAAGUCUAAACUGCAUUCUUCGAUUUUUGGGAUGAGAGUCUCAGUCUCUCUCCAAACAAAAGUAUUUGUGGUUUUUUGAUUGGAGUUAUGUGCCUCCGUAUAUUCGUCAGUUUGUACCGUAGAACCAGAAAACAUUCUGCAAAAUAUGCUGUGCAUCAAGCCGUCUCACAAAAGAUUUGCCUUUUCAGCAGUCACUCGAAGUGGAAGGCUUGGUUCAGAGAAAGUGAGAACCGUUUAUAGAAAGCAUCGCAUGUUUUGCUAGAUAUUCUGUUGCAUCUUGAGAAGUUGGCCUCAUCCAUGUUAUUUUCGAAAACUGCAAUCGACUUGUCAUUCCAGGUUCAUCAACACCCUAGCGAAAAACUAAUACAUUGCACCAAUGCGGACAGUGGGUUUUCGUUAACUUUCAACGCACACAGUUUUCCUCAGAGUUAGCUUGCUUUACAAACCUCCCUGAAAACGCAACUAUGGUUUCUGUGAAUUAGAAAAGCUCUGUUAUUGAAUAGUCCGAAGUCCGGCAUCCUCUACGAGCAUGCAGUGUAAAUCUACGCUCUAGUGGGUUUAGACUAGCCAUUUUUCUUGCAUGCUCUCCGUGCUUUUCCAUAGUGGACGAGCAGUUCCGAAAAUUUGUCUGCUACACCAAGACCCCUACCUCAACUUUGUAUGUCAUUUAGAGCUGUUAACUAGAGCUACCAAUUAACCUUGUUAACCGGAUAUUAUGCCUUUUUACAACCUCCGCUCACAUGUGCUUUCUAGCUUCUGUAAUGGAGCAGUGAUUUUACAACAUAUUGCAACGAAAAGGAGCGAUGCAUAGAGAGAGAGAAAGAAGAAACAGGAAGUAUACGUUGGCGUAGAACUGCAUAUGGACCACAUUUUGUAGUCCUGGUAUAAGGUCUCUGAAAUGCAGUAUGCUCCACAGAGGCGAUCUAAAAACACCGGUUUUAGCCGACACUUAAAGAGUAAAGGAUCAAAACAUAAACUAAAACCAAAGUGUGCUGUGAUUAGUAAUACGUUGCGUAAAAUUAGCUGAUGUUUGGGUGGAACUUAGUGUUAAAAAAGCGUAUUUUAUGGGCAAUUUAACCUAACUUUUUGUAUUUUAUGUGAGUGUGAGCAAAUACGUGGAAGAGAGAGUAAAAUACAUAGUUAGAAAAUUUUUUUCGUGAGAGUGUCUUAGGUUAACACUCAUAAUGUAACAUUCAUAGUACGCCGUUGGCCUCCAGCAGGUUGCUUGGUCUCGACCACCGUUUUCUUCAAUUUCCUUCAACCUUCUUUAAUGAAACACUCCCAAUUUUUGUGCAAUUUAUGAAGAUCGACUAUGUCUUCGGCACAUUUUCUCGUUUUCCUAUUUGCACAAACUAAGGUUUUUAGUACGGCCAUCACACGUGGUGGGGGUGGGUGUUAUAGCUUGCACGUGCGUUCAUGAGCAUAUGAUUUCUGGUUUACGAGCCCAAGUUUUAUUAUGCAAGAUUAUUAUUUUAUGAAGAGGAGAAGGAGGAAAAGGAUGAUGAUGAUGAUGAUGAUGAUGAUGAUGAGGAGGAGGAGGAGGAGGAGGAGAAGAAGAAGAAGGAGGGGGAGGAGGAGGAGGAGGAGGAGGGGAGGGAGGAGGAGGAGGAGGUAGGCGAUCAUUGA